GCUGACUUUCGUCCCAACACUCUCUAACCCCACUCACUAACAGCGUGGCUGCCAGGCCGGCGAACUAACCCACCCAGCGGCCGCGCGCACUCUGCGCGCGCGCCAAAUUCAAAGCCCGGGCUCUGCGCAAAAGCCGAAAGCAGGACUUCAGCCCGUGGUUGAGGAUGCCCUGAGAGAUGUGAGACAAACAGAAGCUGCAAACCGGGAACUGUGCGUCGCCGACCCAAACAGAUGAUGUAUUUAAAGGAUGACUUAGAAUCCUAACAGUAGCUGAAAGCACAGCCGGGACUCGAUGGAUGCGGACAGACGGACUGAUGACAUUUCCAAUGGGCGGAACAGCGCGUCUGUGCUUGCUUGCUAGUUUUUUCCAGGUGGUCCUGCUGACCUGCGAACAGCACUCCGGCCCCGUUAAGGUGGAACUUCUGUUCGACCCGUUCACUUCCGGUCGGGACCCGGACAGCUACACUGUCACCUGCCGGACCGCAAGUAACCAUUUGGUCUAUGUGGACCCCAUUAGUCCCUCAGCAUGCAGCCCUAAAUGCAGGAUGUCACUGCUACUGGUCCGGGAUCAGAUGGGAUAUAACAUCACAGUUAGAGCCAGCAAACAUGACAUGACGCUUGAAGCAAAGUCCUUUCACUUUGUUCCAGUGUCUCUGUCUUCCCUUCGUCUGUACAGCACAACGACUACUGCCCUGCUGACAUGGAAACUGGACAGAUGCCACAGCCUGUCCUCUUUGAGUCUAUACAACACUAAUACACAGUCAGUCACACACGUCUUAGGCGUGCACUCCUCUGAGGCAGAGUCACGGAUCGAAGUGAAAGGUCUCCAACCUGGCACCCGCUUCAAGGCCAACGUUGGAGUGAGCACGUUCCUCGAACAGCUACACGUGAUUUUAAAGCAGCAGCUCAGUAUCGGCGUGGAAACAGCGCGGUGCCCUGCCGGAUGGCUGGCCAGUGGGAGAAGCUGCUUCACGGUGAGAGGACGGGGCCUGAGCUGGAGCGACGCCCGGCAAAGCUGCAAACAGCUGGCGCCCAGAAGUCACCUGGCUGACGUGAAGACCCAGGACGAUCUGCUUUUCCUGUCGUCUCACCUUCUGAGUCAAAACAGCCCGCUUCUCCUGUGGACUGGACCUCCUGACCAGCAGGAGAAGGGCCGCUCCCUCCGGCCUGGUGGCUCAUCAAGUAACAGCACAAACACUAUAGAUACAUUGGGGGACGACAUGGCGACCUGUUUUGUCCUUCAGAGGAACGCCACGGGACCAGGAUACUUUCUCACUCCAUUCUUCUGCAACAUCCCACUACCGUUCAUCUGCCAAAGCCAGAACCCUGUGGUCCCAUCCUCAUUCUCCUUUGACCUGGUUCAGGUGACAGAGCGACAGGUAGAGCUUCGUUGGAGCGACCUCUCACCCCUGAUGUCAGUUAAUUAUACAUCCUUGGAGAUCUUUCUCCAGUAUCAAGAGGAAGAAAAUGGCGAGUGGGCUCAUGAGGAAGACAAAGGAAAGAGCCAGGGAAGCAUUAAAAAAAUUGUGAAAGUACCCAUCUCCGUUUCCUCCAGAGGGGUAACGGUGGCAGGUCUGUAUCCAGGGAGCAUCUACUCCUUCACUCUUAAAGCCUCUCACCCUGCUGGCGCGUCCUGGAGCUUGGGACAAACACGGACUGCUUACACCAGACCUCUGUCUCCACAAAAUAUCACUGUCGGCUCCAUUACAGUCAGUCAGAUCAGCGUUCACUGGAUGCUGCCACAAGCACAUUACAUGGCUGGAUGGACAUUUGUUGUACGCUAUUUGGACACGUCUUCAGGACGAGAGUGGAUAGUUGGGAUGACCAAUGUCUCCAGGUCAUCUGAGACUCCCGGGUCACACACUGUCGUCAUUGGAGGGAUGGAGCCUUACAGGAAAUACAUGGUUGAAGUGAAUACAGUCACCCUGCACGGGAUCGAGAGCUGUGCCCAGGUGCCUCUGACUGCACAGACCGCGGCGAGCCCCCCUAGUGGUCUGAAGGUGACGAGCGCCACUGGAAAUUUGACAGUCUGCUGGUCUCAUCCGCCUGAUGGCCAGCCGGAUGGUUAUAAUGUUACAUUCCACCCGCUUCACAGUCCCGGUGCUUUCUCACUCUGGAUAAACCAGUCCAGCCCCGGUGCACGCCGGGCAAAUCUGUCCAUUUGCAUUGAUUUGGGCACAUUUACUCCAGGUGAGACUUAUAAAAUCGGAGUGGUCUCACUGAGGGGAGAAGCCAGGAGCCAGAGCACCAGCACCAUGCAUACCACUGCUCCACUAGGAGUUCCGGUAGCAGUCCCACUGCGGGUGGGUCCGACCUCAGCCCAGCUGUACGUGCAGCAUCCCCAGCUUGGCCUGAUGGAUGGAGCGAGCGUGUGCGUGUGUCCUGGGCUGUGUGCAGCUGCGUGUGAGGGGCCGUGUGAGCACCUGUGCACCUGGUACUCCCUGGCAGCCGGCGUUCACGUCAUCACCCUCAGCAACCUCAGUCCUGGUUCGGAGUACCAGCUCAAGGUGCACAGCACGAGCCGAGCGCAGAGGGGACCCCCGUUCUACAGCCUCCCCUUUAAAACAGGUCUGUCUCCUCCCAGCAGACUGAGAGAGGGCUCGGUGACAGAUUCAUCCGUUGAGCUGCUUUGGGAUCCAGCACCAGGAGAAGCUCACAGCUAUGAGGUCAUUUGUCUUAACUGCGACCCUUCGCACAUGGUGCAGAAGGUGUUCAGUCAGAGCGCGGUGUUUUCUAAUCUGACUCCUGGCAGGCUCUACCGCUUCGCCGUACGAACAGAGAAGGAGUCGUUCGCCGACAGCUCCCCUGUCUCCAUCAACAUCACGGCAGCACCCAGCCCCGUGGACCUGUCUCUUGUCAAUAAAAGCGCAUCAUCUAUCAACAUUAGCUGGGGAACGGUCAGGGGAGAACUGAACGGGCUCAGCCUGUCAAUCCAAAACCAGACAUCCACUCAAGAGCUGAUGAUUUCGCGCCAGGCGCCCAGGUCGCAUACGUUCAAAGGCCUUGGUCCCGGAAGCCAGUAUUUAAUUGAAGUAGCCAGCAUCAGUGGGAAAAGGAGAAGUAAACCUGCUUCUAUGACUGUCCAAACUAUCCCAGCAGCACCACAGGAAGUGGCUCUUCCGGAGCAGGUGGUGACGUCUGUGUUCGUCACCUGGAGGGCACCUCCGGGGCAGGUGGAGGGUUACAGGCUUGCUCAUGGGCUGUGGUCUGUGGACAAGAAAUCGUGGAGCGAGGUGUUUGUCCAGAGCACAGCUUAUGAGAUCAGUGAUUUGAUUCCAGGGUCGGACUAUGGUGUCAGCAUUCAGAGCGUGCUGGGUUCAGACACCAGUCAGACCGUCAGCAGGGAGUUCAGCACACGCCCGGCCGGACUGUGCAGCCUCCAUGUGGACAACGUGAACGCGUCCUCUGUCGCUCUAAGCUGGGACGCUGCGUUGGGAGAGUUCGACUUUCACAGAGUCACGGUGGCCAACGCCUCAGUCACGAACACGCUCGUCAUACCCAGGGAGGCGCGGGUUGCUGUGGUUACGGGGCUGGCGGAUGGGUGCAGCUACAACGUGAGCGCCGAGCGAGUGCGAGGGGUGACGACGGGGAGCGCUGCCUUCCUGACUGUAACCACAGUGCCGGCCCCCGUGAGAGGAUUUCGUUUUGUGAAUGUGUCUGCACAUUCUUUCUCGCUGCUGUGGGAGCAGGCAGCGGGGUGUGUGGAUCGUUACCAAGUGAGCCUGCUACCUAAUCAGGGGACGGUCGCGGUCCGGCCUGCAGCCCAUGGGUACAUACAGGCCAAUGUGAACAAUGUCAGUCCAGGGACUCAGUACAAUGUCAUGGUCACAGCAGCGUCCUCCUCCAACACCAGUCCUGGAGUCAGCCGCAUGAUCAGCACCAACGACAGCGUUCCUGGUCCGCCUGUUAAUCUAGUUGGAGACGCAGUAGGUUCCAACGGUAUUCUGCUCUCCUGGACCAUGCCAGAUAACGCCAGAAAUGUUGAGGUCUAUGUUAUCAGGUACAGGGAGGUAUGUCCCUACCCUGAUGUCACCUUCACAGAGCUGACCAGGAACCUCUUCAUACCAGAGACUCUAAUCACAGACUUCAUCUCAGGUUCCACGUACUUCAUUCAGGUAGCAGCUGUGUCUCCUGCUGGAAAGGGACCAUUCAGCGAGGGUCACUAUGUAAAGACCGCUGAGUCUCCCCCUGGCCUGGUCACCAACCUCACGGCGUUUGCUCAUAACCACACCUUCGUGGUGGUCACCUGGUUCCUGCCGCACCGCAUCAACGGCCUCAUCACGAAGUUCGCCGUCAAAGUGAAGUUCGCGCAGGGCAAAGGGGGCCACAUUCGCACCGUGGAGAUCAACGCGGAGGACAUCAUGACCGUAGCGCUGCCUCACUGCAAUGAUGCAGCUGAUAUCCUGUCCCGCGCGACUCUCAGUCCCCUGGACAUCACUGCUUCGUCUCCCCCCAUCACUCUCUCCGCCGUCCCCCCCUCUGCCUCCUGGAGCGUCCCUAUAUCUGUGGGAAUUGAUCAGCUGCGGCCUUACACCGCCUACCUGUUCGAAGUGUCGGCCUUCACGUCCGAGGGGGAGGGUCAAAUAGCCUCCACCAUGGUCCGCAUGCCAGAAUCAGCGCCGGAAGACCCACCACAAAACUUUGCUGUACUGAGUAUGACAUCAAGAGCGAUUACUGUGUCCUGGAGUUCUCCAAGGAACAUCACUGGAAAAUUCACUUAUGUUCUCUACCUCUUCGGACCUGCAGGAUAUUUGUAUGAGAACAACACAGCAGACCUGCGCUUCGCUUUCAUGGGUUUGACUCCCUUCACAAGGUACAAAGUUGUCGUGCGAGCCAAAGCUGCAGGAGAAGUGGGUCCAGCGGCCGAACACCUGUUCAUCACACCCGCCGAAGCACCCAGCGCAGUGCGGGGCCUCAUUGCCGUAGCCAAGGAUUCGGUUUCCAUCCUCGUGAGCUGGAGGAUUCCAGCCCAGCCCAAUGGCCCCAUCACACACUACAGGCUGCUGGUCCAGGCGGACAAAGCUCUGCUGCAGGACAUCACGCUCACUGCAGAGAACACAACCUUGGUGUACGACGAUGUGGCACCCCCCAGUUCCCAGAUUCGCAGUAGGAGAAGUGAGGAGCCACUGACCACAUCGCCGUCGGCUUUCACCGCUACUGUUUCUAAACGCACGCUGCCCGACUCCAGCUUCACGACCGCUGACCACGUCACUAGCACCUACAGUCAACCUAUGGCUCAAUCCAUGGUCACAGAGAAGCCUGGAGCCAGUUACGCCUCUGCUUCGCACACCUCCAGCUCACAUACUCAGUCUGCUGCCUCUGAGGCUUUGGGCUCCUCUGCUCAUUCAUUCACCACCGUGCCACCCGCGACGCUUCCUUCCUGGCUGACAACACGGUCAGAUUCUGAGGACAUGACCUCAGACUCCUCCCCCUCGGGCCUAACCCCGAAUCAGCCCCGCCUCUCCACACGCGAUGCUAUGACGGCAUUCUUGUCGACACGCAGCGCAGCAUCGUCUGUUCCUAUAGGGGUUAAAGUGAAAAAGGAGGCAAUGAAUCUAACCGAGGAGUUGUCGUACCUGGUGUCAGAGCUGGAUCCCUUCACCGAGUACAUGUUCAGGGUCUCUGCUUCCACCACUGUGGGGGAGGGUCCUGCCACGUACAUAACCGAGAAGACCAGGGAGCAGGUCCCCAGCUCCGUGCUGGACGUUUCCUACCAAAACAUCAGCUCCACUUCCAUCCUGGUGACCUGGGCUCCUCCACUAAACCCAAACGGACGGAUCACGCAUUACACCGUCUAUGGCCUCAACCUUCACAGGGAUCAGGCCCUGAGCUGGAAAACAAACAAUACCAGCAUACUUAUAACAGAUCUGGACAAGUAUACUGGUUACAAGUUACGCGUGGCUGCAUCUACAGCUGUGGGGGAGAGCUCCCUGUCUGAGGAAGAUGACGUCUUCGUCUACACCUCAGAAGACGAGCCUGACUCCCCCCCUGUGGACCUCACUGUGGUGGACACCAGUCCCUCCACCACCACACUGACCUGGUCUGCCCCAGAGAAGGCAAACGGGCUGAUUCAGUAUUAUGAGGUGCUGUAUGAGAACGAGUCCUUCUCUGCUUUGGUAAACGCGUCCACCAACAGAGUCACCCUGACGAAUCUGAGGCCAUUUUCCCUCUACAACGUCUCUGUGAGGGCGUACACGCGCUACGGCCACGGGAAUCAAACAUCAGACACUUUACAGCUGCUGUCCGGAGAGGAUGUCCCAGGCAGUCCUCCGUACGGCCUCGCCUUCGAGUCGCUCAGUCCCAGUGAGGUGAACGUCACCUGGCGGCCUCCCCUGCUGCCCAACGGGGUCCUCACCCACUACAGCCUGGAGCUGUGGAACUCCACCCACAGCGUGAACCUCACGACCGCGACCCACUACAUCUACAUCACUCACCUGAGGAAGUACGCGCACUACCGCGUCUCGGUGCUGGCGCACACGCGCGUGGGGGCGGGGAACCACAGCAGCGAGCCGCUCAACAUCACCACGCUGGAGGACGCUCCAGGAACUCCUCCUCAGUUUCUCCACGCCAUAAAGCUGUCUGAUUACGAGGUCAAGUUGUCAUGGCAACCGCCAGCCGAAGCCAACUCCGACAUCCUCUACUACAGUGUCAGAGUUUGGAAUGAAACGACUGAGCUGCGGCAGAACGUGACGGGGACAUCGGUGGUUAUCGCCGUGGAUUCUCAGAGUGCCUCCGUCUUCAGCUGGACCAGACUGGAGCCCUUCGACCCCCCCGGAGACAUGACUGUCGUUAACGUGACCGCCUCCUCUGUGACCGUGCUGUGGAGCAAACCUACAGAACCCAACGGGAUCAUUGUACACUGCAGCAUUUUCUACUCUCAAAACAACACCGAGGCCGAGCAGACAGUUCCUGUCUCGGUCCCCCCCGCUCCGGAUUCACCCCUCUCCUACACUCUGACUUGCCUGGUUGAGGGCACGAACUACACAAUAUGGAUGACCUCCAGCACUGUGCAGGGGGACGGAGGGGUCCGGAGUGAGCCGCUAGUCGUAAUCUUAUCUGAGUAUGUGCCAGGUGACUCUGUCCGGAACCUGACGGCCCAGAUCUUCAGCUCCACGGCCAUCAUUGUCAGCUGGGAACCUCCCCUGGAGCCAAACGGCCGCCCAUACUACCUGCUCACCUUACAGGAGGCCAGCCCCCCCGCGGACGCAUCCAGCCAAGGAAGUCCGGCCGUCAACAACACAAUCAAUGGUACCACCUCUGACGUCAUCUACCUAUUUACCAAACUCAGGAAGUAUUUCCCUUAUGUUCUGACCGUGAUCCCGGCAACUGGUGCUGGCCUCGCCUACAACCACAACAGCACUAUGGAAUUGAGAACAGAUGAUGAUGUUCCUAGUUCCGCUCCCUUACUGGUGUCCAUCAGGAAUGUGUCCUCGACCUCCAUCGCCGUGACAUGGGAGCCCCCUCUAGAGGCCAAUGGGGAGAUAAAAGAGUAUACCCUCACGCUUUACGGCCCUGGUGGUUCCAGCAUAACACAAACCCCCAACACCUCAUUCGUCUUCACUAAGCUGCUUCCAUACACGGCUUACAACCUCACUAUAACAGCUGCAACGCGCAAAGGCCCAGGGCCUGCCCUGCCUCUGCAGCUGCACACUGAUGAGGGAGGGCCAAUGUCCCCUCCCCUCAACCUGACGAUAUACAACCACACGGCCGUCUCCGUGUGGCUGAGCUGGGAGCCUCCCCUGGAGCCAAAUGGGGUGGUGAUACAGUACGGCUUCAGGAUCCUAGACCUCAUCACACACACCGUUACACAUCAGAAUUCAACUGGUCCAUCAACCACAGAGCAUCUAUCAGGCUUCAGGCCUCACAGCUCCUACGAGAUCAGUGUUUACAGUUACACAAGGGUGGGCCAUGGGGAUCAGUUCAGCAGCCCUGUGACCUUCACCACCAAUGAGUCAGCGUCUGAUGCCGUGGGGAACCUGUCUUGCUCUGGGGUGAGCUGGGAUUCAAUCAGACUGUAUUGGGAGCCUCCUGAAAACCCCAAUGGGCAGAUUAUUGAAUACGAGGUUCUAGUCAGGGGGGGCGUGGAAUCGCGCACACUACAUACUGACCUGCCAGGGUACAACAUGACUGGGCUGGCACCGGACCAGGAGUAUGCAAUCACGGUGGCUGCAGUCAACUCCGCAGGAGCCGGGGAGGGCGCGAACUGCACCGCCUCCACGCUCGCAGAAUCAGUCCCGGCUGCCCCUCGCUUCCUCGCCGCAUCCCAGGUCACCCCCAGCAGCGUGACCCUAGACUGGGCUCCGCCGCUCUCCAUCCCAGGCCAGCUGAGGGCCUACAACAUUAGCGCCCAGCUCCUUUUCGAUCAUUGCAGCCCAUCCGCUGCACAGGGCGAGCUGCCCCCAAACUGCGUGGACCGUGAGUUCACAGAGAUAGUGAACGCUUCGGAUAGCGGCAGAAAGAACCACACGCUUCGGGCCCUGGCUAAAUACAGAGAGUACCGCUUCAGAGUCGCUGCCGUGACCAACGCUGGAGUCGGGGAACAUUCACCCUGGAUUUAUCAACGCACCUCUGUUGGAAACCCUGAUUACCCUCCCCGGGACCUAAACGUGACCCCCACCUCCAACAGUCUCCACGUUGAGUGGAAAGCUCCAGAUGUUCUCUCUGGACCGACUUCGUAUCUUGCAAAGGUGGUCGGUCCUGGUUUGAACGUCUCACUCGUCCGGGCUCCAGGACAGUUGAUGACCGUCGUUGUGGGCAAUCUGACUGCUUUCACCCAGUACUCUGUGACCGUUAUCGCCUUCACGGGCCCAGUGGAGCACGCUGCCAGUGAGGGGAAAGCCGUCGGGCCGCAUGAGGUUCGAACGCUGGAGGAGGUGCCAAAAGACCCACCGAAGAACGUGACCGUGUCGCUCAUCCCAGAGGAGGUGAACAGUGUGAAGGUGACCUUCGUCGCCCCCGAGGAGCCCAAUGGAAACAUCACCGUGUACUUCGUGUGCGUCUAUGACAAGGACCAGCUGGUGAUGAACAUCAGCCUCGACAACGUCCAGCGACACAAUAACACGCUGACUGCUGUCAUAGACGGCCUGAAGGGAGGACAGAACUACAGCAUAAAGAUUUCAGCAAGGAAUGGAGUCGGCAGUAGCCCCCCAAGCCAAGAGGUCCACAUAACUACGGGCAUCAAAGCCCCGGCCAAGCCAACCCAAAAACCCCAGGCGGUCCACGGUCCGGUUGCCACGGUAACCCAGAGGAGUUUCCCAAUCCGCAAGCCUGCCUGUUUCUAUAGUGACGAUCAUGGACCAAUCGCGAAAAUUCAGGUCAUUGUGGCCGAGUCAGUAGUGAAGGACAUCCAGAAUGUGACCAACUGGAAGCAAGCGUUCAUACGUCCCGCCCCUUACCUGACUGACAACGGCUUCAAAAACCCGCCGUGUCCGUCCAGGAUGGCGGCGGCGGGCGCCGGCACGCUCAUCACAGACGCGGACAUAUACGUGGUCGGAGAGGACGACGCCUGCGAGGCGGAGAACAACACAGAGAACCUCUGCAACGGGCGUCUUAAGCCCAACACAGCCUACGUGUUUAAGUUUAGAGCCACUAACAUCAAAGGACAAUACACAGACUCAGACUACUCUGAUAACGUCAGAACCACAGGAGACAAGCUGUUGACCCGAGAAGAACAGAUCAUUCUGGGAGUUCUGCUCUCCUUCUGUCUGGCUGUGUUACUCAUCAUAAUCAUUUGUAGCUCAGUCAAGCUUCACCAGCGCAAGAAGGAGGGCGGGACCUAUUCCCCCAGGGAGGCAGAAAUCAUCGAGACCAAGUGUAAACUGGAUCAGCUGAUCGCCGUGGCGGAUCUGGACCUUAAACAGGAGAAGCUCAACCGGUACUCUUCCUUCUUCUUUAGGCGGAAAGAGAUUUAUGUCAUUCAGCUCCUCAGCUACAGGAAAUCGCUCAAGCCCAUCAACAAGAAGUCUUUUCUGCAGCACAUAGAGGAUCUGUGCGCCAACGACAAUGCCAAGUUCCAGGAAGAGUUCGCUGAGCUUCCAAAGCUGCUGCAGGACCUGGCAACCACAGACGCUGACCUGCCCUGGAACAAGUCCAAGAACCGCUUCCCCAACAUCAAACCUUACAACAACAAUCGAGUGAAGCUCCUGUCAGAACCGGGCACUGCAGGGUCCGACUACAUCAACGCCAGCUUCGUCUCUGGCUACUUGUGUCCUAAUGAGUUCAUCGCCACCCAGGGACCUCUGCCUGGCACAGUGGCUGACUUUUGGAGGAUGAUCUGGGAAACAGGAACCCGCACCAUCGCCAUGCUCACGCAGUGUUAUGAAAAAGGCCGAAUUCGGUGUCAUAAGUAUUGGCCUGAGGAUAACAAGCCAAUGACGGUGUUUAGUGACAUUCUCAUCUCUAAAGUGUCGGAGGAAGUCCUUCCUGACUGGACUAUUAGGACGCUGAAAGUUGAAAAGCAUGGACACCUUGUGCUGGUUCGACACCUCAACUACACUUCAUGGCCGGAGCACGGGGUCCCAGACUCCUCCAGCACCCUCAUCAAGUUCGUCAGAGCCGUCCGAGCCCACAGGCACGACAACACGCCCAUAGUGGUUCACUGCAGCGCCGGUGUGGGACGAACGGGUGUGUUCAUGGCUCUGGACCACCUCAUCCAGCACGUCAGAGAUCACGACUUUGUGGAUAUUUACGGCCUGGUGGCGGAGCUGCGCAGCGAGAGAAUGUGUAUGGUGCAGAAUCUGGCCCAGUACAUCUUCCUGCACCAAAGUAUGCUGGAGCUUCUGAACAACAAAGGCAACAGUCAGUCCAUCUGGUUUGUAAGCUACUCGGCUCUGGAGAAGAUGGACUCCCUGGAAGCUAUGGAAGGUGAUGUUGAACUGGAAUGGGAAGAGACCACUAUGUAAAGGGAGAGGGAUGCCGGCCUGUCUAGAUGUGACCAGUGCACAGACCCUGGAUGGGACCACCUGAGUGGGAGCAGGCGGUGAGCUGUCUGAGCGGUCCGUCAGCUGUCCAAGACUUCGUUGCUCCACUUUAAACCACUUUUUAGCACAGUUCUCCCUGUACUGAUUUCAAAGAGCGAGAGAAACAAAAAGGGACAAAAAGGAUUUCUGAAGAAACAGGGAUGAGAAGCAAACUUUGAGCUAAGUGGCGGUUUAUCACAUCUGUGAGCCUAAAGGUACUUUGCACAAAUUGAUUUCACUGUGUAUUGUAAUUACUUUACUAUGUUAAUAUCAUUGAUGUUUUUGUAAAAUAAUUUAUUAAGCCAAAAAGGUUUUUUUUUCGCUUUCUUUGUAACUCUGCCUGUAUUGUGGUGUUAUUUAAUCUUUCUCAAGUGUGAUUUGCAGAAAUAAAUUGACUUGUAUUUUUUCAGGCCUUGAUCCUUAAUACUAAAAGAUCUCUUCUCAGA